GGAGUUUGAAAGGGUGAAGAAUAGAAGAGUAGUAAAAAGUUAGGUAACCGAAAGACAACAUUGACUGCAAUAACAUUGAACUUUCUGUUCUUCAACUAUGGCUCAUCGUUUUAUUUCUAAUGCAAAGAAUUUCGAAGUGAUAAAUAAGACUGUUUUAAAAAGUUGCAUAUUUCAAUUGCUUCGCCACAGACACACGCCUGCAUGGCUGUCCAAUGCAAUAAAAUUAGAGUCUGUUUGCAAGCAUCAUGUUUCAUUCAAUGUGCACACAAGAUUAUUUACAGAUAAACCAAGUAAACCAGACUCACAGUCCCAACAACCUAAUGAUAAAAAGUCAUCUAAAAUCCCUCCUCCGACACAAGAAGAAACAGGUUUCAAAUUUCGUCUUAAAAUUGGCGAUUAUGAGUACAACUCUGGUGGAGGGGGAGGGAAAGGGGGUAAAAAAUCCAACUGGCCAGAUGAAAAACAAAUGUUCAUAAUGGGCACUAUAGGAAGUGUACUACUUGUCUAUACGCUUUAUUCCACACAGUACAGAGAGAUAACCAUGAAAGAGUUUUUCCAGAAUUACCUUUCUAGUGGCAUGGUUGAACAAGUGGAGGUCAUUAACAAUAAAUGGGUUCGAGUCAAGUUUAUGCCAGGCUCACACAUUGAUGCGUCAAACACAAUAUGGUUCACGAUAGGAAGUGUGGAAACAUUUGAACGCAACUUGGAGAAAGCUCAGAUAGAGAUGAACCUAGACCCUUCCAAUUUCAUUACAGUUGUAUAUAAAAAAGAAAGAGAUUGGGGCAGUAUACUUUUAAAUGCCAUGGGAUGGAUUCUACCUCUAGCUGUGAUGAUUUGGUUGUUCAGGAGAGGACCUCUUGGUAAGCCUGGUGGUGGCAGGGGUGGAUCAUCAGGUGGAAUGUUUGGCUUCUCCCAGACAACUGCCAAAGUUUUGGAAAAAGACAUUGGUGUCAAAUUUAGUGAUGUUGCUGGCUGUGAGGAGGCCAAACUAGAAAUCAUGGAGUUUGUCAACUUUUUGAAAAAUCCCCAGCAAUACCUUGACCUUGGUGCUAAAAUCCCCAAAGGUGCAAUGUUGACUGGCCCACCAGGCACAGGUAAAACACUGCUGGCCAAGGCCACAGCUGGAGAGGCCAAUGUUCCAUUCAUAACUGUGUCAGGCUCAGAGUUUUUGGAAAUGUUUGUUGGGGUUGGGCCAUCCAGGGUGCGUGAUAUGUUUGCCCUGGCCAGGAAAAAAGCUCCCUGUAUUCUGUUUAUUGAUGAGAUCGAUGCUGUGGGCAGAAAGAGAAGUGGUCGCAACUGGGGCGGCAACAGUGAGCAGGAGAACACUUUGAACCAACUUCUGGUUGAAAUGGAUGGUUUCAACACACAGACUGGAGUUGUGGUACUAGCAGCUACCAACAGAGUUGACAUACUUGACCCAGCAUUGUUGCGUCCUGGUCGCUUUGACAGGCAGAUUUACGUGCCUCUGCCAGACAUAAAAGGAAGAGCUUCAAUUUUCAAAGUUCACUUAAGUAAUCUCAAAACAGAAUUGUCCAUCAGUGAACUAGCGCGUAAAAUGGCAGCUCUGACACCUGGCUUUUCUGGUGCUGAUAUCGCCAACGUGUGUAAUGAAGCAGCUCUGAUAGCAGCAAGAGAUCUGAACACUUCCAUUCAACAGAAGCACUUUGAGCAGGCCAUUGAAAGAGUGGUGGCUGGUCUUGAAAAAAAAACUCAAGUGCUACAGCCUGAAGAAAAAAAGACAGUGGCUUACCAUGAAGCUGGACACGCUGUGACUGGCUGGUUCUUGGAGCAUGCUGACCCACUCUUGAAAGUUUCAAUUAUACCUCGUGGCAAAGGCCUUGGCUAUGCUCAGUAUUUACCUAAGGAGCAGUACCUAUAUACACAAGAACAGUUGCUGGACAGGAUGUGCAUGAUGCUGGGUGGGCGUGUCUCCGAACAAAUAUUCUUCAGCAAAAUCACAACAGGAGCCCAGGAUGACCUCAGGAAGGUCACACAGACAGCUUAUUCACAGGUGGUUAUGUUUGGCAUGAAUGAGAAAGUGGGUCAGCUGUCUUUUGACAUGAACCAGCAGGGGGACAUGGCCUUCACAAAGCCAUACAGCGAGGCCACGGCUCAAAUGAUUGAUGAGGAAGUGCGUCAGAUUGUGAACAAUGCCUACCAGCGAACACUGGACCUGCUCAGCAAUCACAGGGAGCAUGUGGAAAAAGUGGCUUUAAGGCUACUAGAAAAAGAAAAGUUAGACAAAGAUGACAUGGUAGAGCUUCUGGGCAAGAGACCCUUUGCAGAGAAGUCAACCUAUGAGGAGUUUGUGGCUGGGACAGGCUCUUUUGAUGAAGAUACGACAUUGCCGAAAGGAUUGGAAAAUUGGAACAAGGAAAAAGAAAAGAAAGAUCCUGAAGCUGUUGAAUCUUAGUAGCUUGUAAAUGAGUGACUUUGUCAGUGCAUAUAUCAAUCUUUUAGUCUUGUUUGAUGAGAAUGGCACAAUGUGAGAGAUUUGUUUCACCUCAGUAUCAUGGCUCUUUUGUGUAGUUUUUUUUUAUAUUUUUGGCAUCAGUUAUUGGUAAAGGUUUCAGUUGGUAACUUCAACAACUGAAUGUAAACAUGAAGAAAUUUAAAGGCAAGGGUUUACUUGGGCAGUGUCAAUCUUCCAUUAAGAUGACAGUUUUGAAAAGUGAAUCCUUUGUUGAUGCUAAUAGAAAUAAUAAUAAUCUAUAUUAUCCUUGAGGAAAUUUGUCUUACAGUUGACCAUUACAUAAAACAAAAUAUUAUAAGAUCAAAUGAAUUACACACAAAAUAUAUGUUCAUGCCACAUAUCAAAGCUAACAGGUUGUUGUUGUUUUUUUAUAUGUAACUACUACUUCCUAAAACAUUGAAGUGUUGGUAUACAUACACAGAUUUUUUAAAAAUGUCUGAACUAAGCACAUGAAAUCAACUUUGAUUUGUCAAGUCUUUAGAAAAAUAAACAUUUUAGCAUUUUACUUUUCAUUAGAGAGUUGACUGAACAUCACAAUAUAGGUCAUAUAGAAAUAGUUUUCAAAGGCAUUACCCUCCAUGUACAAUCUUUUGAAGCCAAGUCAUAGUUCUUUAUUUAAAAAUGAUGUGUUUCUAUGUUGUGUGGUACCGGUAGCAUAAGUCUGUUUCUCAGAGAGUGGCCAGAUUUUUAUUAUAUAUUUUUUUAAAAUUCUGUAACAAGUUUGUUGUCUUCAAGUUCAUUUAAGAAAUAUAUUUGGCUGUAUAUCUGUUAUGUGUGUGCAAGGAAAGGUUUGAGAUAAAAUGUAUCAUUAUAUAUGUUGCAGUUAUUCUCAUUAUGAUCAUGCAUCUUUUUUUUUUACGUGAUGUCAACAAAUCUUAGUGCAAAAGCCAAAAUAUUUUAAAUUUGUGUUGGCGUGUUGUUUGUGAUGUGCUUAUAUUGCGUCUUUCAUGUUGAAUUAAAACUGAGUUUCUAAA